AUGAACGAAAUCAAUCAACUCAGAUCACACUUACGCAGUUCCAUUUCUACACUAUCAAGUUUAAAAUUAUAUCAAGCCGCUAAAUGGUCUGCUGAAGCUUUAAAUGGUAUGAAAAUUGAUGAUGAUGAAGAAAGUGAUGUUGAUUUAAUACAAGAUGAGGAAACAACUCCAAUACCCACAAUAUAUCAAAUCAGAUUAAAUUCAAAAGAUCAUGACCAGUUUGAAUUAGCUAAAACUUAUUUUGAUUGUAAAGAAUUUGAUCGUUGUUAUACAAUUUUAAAAAAUUCAACAAAUUCAAAUUGUAUUUUUUUAAAAUUAUAUUCUUUAUUAAUUUCUGGUGAUUUAAAAAGAGAACAAGAAAGUGAAGGUGCUCUUGGUUCAAAUGAUUUAAACUCUUCAAAUAAAAGUAUUCCAAUAAUAUUGAAAGAAAUUGAAUCACUUUUCAAUAAGGAUAAAUCAUAUAAAAAAAACCCUUUUAUAAAUUAUCUUUAUGGUAUUACUUUAUUAAAACAAAAAUCCACAAGUUUAGCACAAGAUGCAUUAAUUACAAGUUUAAAACAAUUUCCUUUCAAUUGGAGUUGUUGGUUAGAAUUAAUUCAUUCAAUUUCAAAUAUUGAUGAAGCUUUAAACAUUUUCCAAAAUUUAGAAUCUUUUUUCCAUCAAUCAUUCCCUAAUUCAACAAAAUUCAGUGAAUUAAUAAUGAUUAAAUUAGGUAAAUUAAAUUGUUUACAAGAAUUUUUCCAACAAACUCCAGAAUUAUAUAAUCAAUUAAAUGAAUUAUUAGAAAUUUUCCCAAUUUUUUCAUUUAUAAAAAUUCAAAAAGCUUUAAUUUCAUAUCAUGCAUUAGAAUAUACAGAAUGUGAAUUAAUAUUUGAUGAUAUAUUAACAAAUGAUCCUUUAAGAUUAGAUGAUAUGGAUUUAUAUUCAAAUAUUCUUUAUGUUAUGCAAAAAAGAUCAAAAUUAUCUUAUUUAGCUCAAUUAGCUUGUUCAAUUGAUAAAUUUAGACCUGAAACUUGUUGUAUUGUGGCAAAUUAUUAUUCUUUAAAAUUUGAACAUGAAAAAGCCAUAAUGUAUUAUAGACGUGCUUUAGUUUUAAAUAGAAAUUGUCUUUCAGCUUGGACUUUAAUGGGUCAUGAAUUUGUUGAAUUGAAAAAUACUCAUGCUGCUAUUGAAUCUUAUAGACGUGCCGUGGAUACAAAUCAAAAAGACUUUAAAGCUUGGUAUGGUUUAGGUCAAGCUUAUGAAAUUUUAGAUAUGCAUCUGUAUUCAUUAUAUUAUUAUCAAAAAGCAUGUUAUUUAAAACCUUUAGAUUCAAGAAUUUGGCAAGCUUUAGGUAAUUGUUAUGAUAAAUUAUCAAAAUUUAAAGAUUCAAUAAAAUGUUAUAAAAAAUCAUUAUUUUUAAAUAAUAAUUCAGAAAUUUCAAAAGAUGUUACAAUUUUAUUUAGAAUUGCCAAAAUUUUUGAAAAUUUAAAUGAAUUAUCAAAUUGUUAUGAAUUUAUGAAACAAGUAUUAAAUGAAGAAUUAGAAAAUAAUCAAAAAAAUGAUCUUACAUCUCAAGCAAGAUUAUGGUUAGCUAAAUAUGAACAAAAUUUAGGAAAUUGGGAAAAUGCUUAUUUUUAUGCAAUGGAUAUGAAUAGUGGUACAUCUCAAGAAAUUGAAGAAGCUAAAAUGAUUGCAAGAGAAGCGAAAAAUAAAAUGAAUGGGAUUACAAGGUAA